ACUGUCAUCGUGUCGAGAAGUCGAAUUGGAAUUUUUCCGUUGCAUCAGUAGCUCCAAAGGUGAUUGAGUGGUUGUGGUUCGCAAGAAGCAAAGAAAAAAGUUUCAAGUGCUCGGCUCGCCCGGUUGUCCCUUCCGUCCGUCCGUGUGUCGUCGGGCGUUUCCCUCCAGCUUCUCCGCGUCGCCAGCUCGUCUCUUUGUGUGUGACCUACCGUGGAAAAUCCCGGCUUUAGUUUCCGUUUCCAGAAGCCGGCUUGUAGCCAAGAUUUUCCCGUGAAGAGUUAAGUAAGGUUAUUUUUUUUUAUUCAAGGGAUAACUUUCCUCUGCAAGGGCGCAAGUGAAACCGCGAGUGGGUUUCCGCGUUUCUGUGUUCCACUAACACACCACUAAAAGUGGCCAAAGCCCGUCCGAGAAUAGUCACCAUCAUCGCCAUUGGAGAAAUAAAGCAGCAAAAUAUACUGCGACAAAGUUCCGCUUGUGUCUGUGCUGGAUGAUAAUUUCGCAAAAUUGAAACCGAAUACCAAUCCGCGGAGAGUGUCUCUGAAGUUUAGGGCGAAAUAAAAAGGGUCAAUCAAGUUCGGGUGAAGAAUACGCGGUUCUGGUUGGAUAAUCGUUGUGAGUGGAUUUUGUCCGGGCAAUCGGAAUAUUUCCAAGGAAAGUUAAAACCCGUAUCCAAGCCGCCACCAGAAUGUCGGACGAGAACCAGGAAAACGGAACCCGCAACGGAGACGUGCCAGAGAUUGAGCUGAUCAUCAAGGCUUCCACCAUCGAUGGCAGACGAAAGGGCGCGUGUCUGUUUUGUCAGGAAUACUUCAUGGAUCUGUACCUGCUAGCAGAGCUGAAAACCAUCAGUCUCAAAGUCACAACAGUCGAUAUGCAGAAACCGCCACCUGAUUUUCGAACCAACUUCGAAGCCACCCACCCGCCAAUUCUGAUCGACAACGGGCUAGCCAUCCUGGAAAAUGACAAAAUCGAACGACACAUCAUGAAGUCCGUGCCCGGUGGAUACAACUUGUUUGUUCAGGACAAAGAGGUGGCCACCCUGAUCGAGAACCUGUACUCCAAGCUGAAGCUGAUGCUGGUGAAGAAAGACGAGAACAAAAACAACGCCCUGCUGGCGCACCUGCGGAAGAUCAAUGACCAUCUGGCGGCACGGGGCACCCGGUUCCUAACCGGGGACACGAUGUGCUGCUUUGACUGCGAGCUGAUGCCCCGUCUGCAGCACAUCCGAGUGGCCGGCAAGUACUUCGUCGACUUCGAGAUACCAAAACAUCUAACAGCCCUAUGGCGAUAUAUGUACCACAUGUACCAGCUGGAUGCCUUCACCCAGUCGUGUCCCGCCGAUCAGGACAUCAUCAACCACUACAAACUUCAACAGGCAAAAGGUGACAUGAAGAUGCUGAAGAUGAAGAAGCACGAGGAGCUGGAAACGCCAACCUUCACCACAUCGAUCCCGAUUGACCUGAAUGACCACUAAGAGGAGGAAGAGCGGUUUCCACAUGGAUAGGUACUAAGCCUAUUCAGCCUAGUUUAGAGUUGGUAGCGAGCAUAACUAGAAUUUUCCUUAGUUGUUUAGUUUCGGAAAAUGUAGCCUUGCAAUAGCAGCAAACCGAGAGAUCGAAACCUUGGACAGCACCAUAAUCAAAGAAAUCGAAGAAAUCAAACUCACUGUACUACGUUUUUAAAGCUAAAUUACUAUAGGCCAAUAAUCAGAACGAAUACCAUUUUUGAUAAACAUUUACAAACCAUUUGCUACACACAUACACAAACACACUUUAUACAGUUGUAAACUUACUGUAAGGGAUAGUGCGUAGAACGAUAGUUAGUGGGGUCGGUCCGAUUCCGUCCGGAUCGAACCGAAGAGAAAUGGGAAGUGAAACGUUAGAUUAAGAACCCACUGUAUAGGCGUUCGUCGAAACCGUUGGCAGCAGCGCUGCCAACUUGCAAUAAGACGAAUUCUUUUCCCAAAAUUGAAGAAGGACCCAUUGUCCAACAUUUUUUCAAAGAUAAUCCAGCCCUUAACCUAUUAAACUUUGUCUAUUACGGAAACCCCGAGAAGAGUUUUGAUUUGUUUAGCUAAGAAAUUUCGUUACUAUAUUGCCAUUCUGUAGCAUUGUUUGGAAACUUCUCCAAUAACUUUAGCCCUUAGAAAGAGAAAAAGAAAAAGGUUGCGAGGAAUAAGCAAAAACAACAAAUGUAAAGUUUUAUUCGUAAGUAGCGUUAAGCUUGGAAAGAGUCUUGUUUUUAUUUAACAAGUUCCAUCAAUUGUUUUGCCUACUACUGAAAUGUGUUACAGCUCUACUGUUUUUCGUCUCCGAUGUUGAAAAAAGACAUGCCGUUGUUGAUUGAUCAUUGACCCCAUAUCAUAAUUAAUUGGACAGCAUUACGUUAAAGUUCUUCGUUACUGAUUAUAGAAAAUUAUUCGAAUUUGUAUGUCAAAAUGCCUUGGUAGUAGACAAUUCGUAUGCUGAUGGUGUUCGGUAUCGCCUUUAAAACGAAACCUUGAUGAAGUCAUUUAACCGAGUCGAAACGUCGCUACCGUCUGCUUCCGUUUAUUUUUUCCGUCACGUGCAUAUUCGAUGAAAAUAAUGGUACAAAUUAUUUCUGCCAAGCUGUUCUUUGAAACGUUUUAUUUUGUCGUCGUUUCGUUAGGAGAGUUUUAAGACAGGAAAAAAAAUUACGAUUCAAAAAACACGACCGAAUUAAAACAACUCAACGAAUCUUUUUAAUCAAAACAUUCUUCCGGUAGGAGAGUUACAAAGAAAUAAAUAUACCUAAAACAACAAAAAAAAAAACAAGAAAAAGAGAAUCACUGCAUAUAGAAAAGCACUUUACAGUACGAAGGAAUCUUUUAUUUUGAUUUUAAAAGCGCUUAAAAUUUAAAUCCGUGCGUAACGUUAUUUAAGGAAAAACACGCGUAUAUUGUUUAUAAUGAUGUUUAAAAAAUUGCUUAUCGAGAUUUGCCUAGUAAGGCAUUACAAAAAAACACAAAAUUUGCUCCCAAGCUCUUUUUUGGUUAUUGUACGUUACGCUAACAUAGAUUACUGAACAAAUAUUUUACAUUUUUAGUUUGGAUGUGGCGCAAUUUUGUUUUUGUAAAUAAUGCAGCUAAACGAUCGGUGGUGUUUUUCAUAUGUUCAAAACUCAACAAAAUAGUAACAAAACUCAGCUUCAAUCAUAACAAAUAUCCCUUGAAAGAUGUGAAAGAAUUCCAGGAAAUAACAUACAGUAAAUCAAAUAACUUCGAACUUCGAAGGUAAAUCAGUUAAAAAAAAAAAAGAGUGCGCGUAUUCGCGUAGAGCAAGAUUCGAAGGCAGAGAGAGCUACAUAGGUAUAUGUGUCCAAUAUUGAAUAUAAUGAUUAUUUUUUUCCUUAUUUGCCUAGUUGUACAAUAUUUACUACAACUUGUUUUUAUGACGACAAUGCGCUAAGAAGAAAUAUAGUUUCCUUUUUUCGUUCGCUAAGG